UGAUUUCUGCAGUUUGCUUGCGACAUUAACCUCUCUGACAGUAGAAGAAAUACCUGUCAUAGUUUCCAAAUACAUUCAGAGCUCAGAGACUGCAUCACACUUUUUCAUGGGAAGAAUACAAUGGACUUCAUAAUUACUGCUACAAUAUUCUUGACGGUGUUAAAAACUGCACCUUGUUUCAACAUCGAACCCGUGGCUUGGAAGUCCUGGAGUAACGGAGCCGCAGGUUUUGGCUACCAGGUGGUGCAAAGACAGUCAGACUUGCUCGUCAGCGCUCCCCUUCAACAGAAUUCACUAAAUGAAAGGGGUGAAAUAUACAGGUGCACCACUACAGACGAAUCAUGCCAAAAAUUGCCCAUUCCAGUGCCAGCGUUUGCAGUCAACAUGUCCCUUGGUUUGACAAUGACGAGUGAUCCCGCCAAUCAAAACACUGUGGCAUGUGGCCCAACCAUCCCAAAGGACUGCAGGAGUAUCACUAUGUACAAUGGUGUGUGCUUUGCGAUAGACCCUUCAAAUAGUUUUGGACCUCCUAUUCCGUCUUCUCUUGAAGAUUGCCGAGCCGAAGCAGAUAUUGCAUUUCUCUUGGAUGGUUCAGGCAGCGUAUCUGAUCCAGAUUUUAGAAGAAUGAAGGACUUCGUGAUAGAUCUGGUCCGCACACUAAUGGGAAAAGGUAGACAGUUUGCUGUUGCCCAGUUCUCUUCGUCACCCCAUAUCCACUAUUACUUUGAUAAUUUUUUCACAUCUGGACAAUGGGAGUCUAACAUUAAGGGAAUAUAUCAACAAAUGGGAGCAACUUACACAGCCAAGGCCAUCAGAUAUGUGGUGGAAAAUAUUUUCACACAAAGAAGAGGUUCCAGACCAAACGUGAAGAGGAUCUUGAUAGUCAUUACUGAUGGAGCGUCUCAUGACCGGACUCAGUUGCCAAAUGCAGCUCGUUCCGCUGAGCAGAAAAAGAUUGUUCGAUUUGCAAUUGGGGUGGGAAGUGCAUUUUUUGAUGUCAGUGCAAAAAAUGAACUGAUUACCAUUGCAUCUUCUCCCUCGAACGACCAUGUGUUUCAAGUGGAGAACUUUGAAGCACUUCAAAAGAUAAGGCAGAAUUUGCAGGACAAAAUCUUCUCUAUUGAAGGAUCUCAAUCCAGUGGAGAGACACUGAAAAUGGAAAUGGCUCAGGGUGGAUUCAGUGUUGCUUUUGUGCCUGGGGCAAUUCAGAUGGCUGUUGUUGGUGCCAACCAGUGGAGAGGAGGCUUCCUGCAAUACCCAGUCAGAGGCCAGGCGCCUUUUGAGCCUGCGUUUAUAGAGCCUGACAGUUAUCUGGGUUACUCCAUGGCAGUUGCUAUAACCCGGCGAAACAGCCCACUGACAGUUGUUGGAGCUCCGAGGUAUAAACACGUAGGGAUUGUGAUGGCAGUUGACAGAGACCAAAACCAGCAAUUGAUUGACCCCUCUCCGUGGCAGUUUCAGACUGGUGAAUAUUUCGGUGCAGAGGUUUGUGCCAUGGAUAUGGAUCGCGACGGCUUCACUGACCUAAUCCUCAUAUCUGCCCCUAUGUACAAGGACUCUGAUAGAGAGGGAAGAGUUUACGUUUGCAUGUUAAGGGGUUCGAAUGUUGAGUGUCGCUUAGAUUCUCCGGUGAUACUGAGAGGGGCGGCGUCUGACAAAGGAAGGUUUGGCUCGUCUCUUGCUGUACUGCCUGAUCUUAAUGAAGAUGCUCUCAGUGAUUUGGCAGUUGGAGCACCUCUGGAGAACAAUGGUCAAGGCAGCAUCUACAUAUUCCUCGGCGAAAGAAGAAGGGGAAUCAAUGAUACCUACUCGCAGAGAAUUGCUGCCUCUGAAGUCCAGUCAGGACUGAAGUUCUUCGGUAUGUCGAUCAGUCGGUGGUCUUCUGACCAGAGUGGGGACGGACUGCCUGACUUAGCGGUGGGUUCAAAGGGCAAAGUUGUCUUACUCAGAUCAAAACCUAUAGUAAUGGUAGUUGCUACGGUUUCAUUCAACCCAAACCAAAUCCCUACUCAGCAGUCAAGCAACGACUGCAAACAACCAUUGAAGAACUCUGCUGCAAUCUGCUUUACAAUGACCAGAGAGUCUACAGUAGCCACAGCUCAAGCAAGGAUUAAUUAUACUCUAACACUGGAUGCCACUCGCAAGGCCCCAAACAACAGAGCUUACAUCACUGAGAACCAACAAGAGAAGACUGGAUCGAUUAUUCUUGUCUUAAAUGACGAAAAAUGCCUCACCGAGAACUUCCUUAUUGAUGCUUGUCCAGAAGAUGCUCUCAAUGUACUUUCCAAUGAGCUCAAGUUCACCUUUGAUGGUCUGCCCUCUAAUACAGAUCUCAAACCAAGUCUCUCCCAGCAGGCUCAAACCACAACCAUUCAUCCUUUAGGGUUUGAGAUCAACUGCGGCAAUGACAACAAGUGUGUUGAUAACCUGAAAGUGGAUUUCAACUUCACAAGAUCCUCAGAGGUUAAAGUGGGCAUUGAUGAACUGUUGAAUGUCACUGUAACAGUGGAGAACAGUGGUGAAAACUCCUACAACAGCCGCGUUAUCCUCACAUACCCAGCUGGGCUCUCUUACAGGAAGUUCACAAGUCUGCAAGGAAGAAUUGAGUGCAACUCAUUGGACAGUGAGGAUGGAUUAUCACGAGGAAGGACAGACUGCACCAUAGACAAGCCUAUUUUCAAGAGCAACACUAAGGCUUCCUUCAUCGUGUCCUAUGGGAUCGAAACCAACAAUCAACUUCAGAGGAGGAUUUUUGUCACUGCAAAUGCCACCAGUGGCAAUCAGGAACACACCAGUUCAAAUGAGCUUUACAAAAUGAGAGAGAUUGAUGUGAAGUACAGCAUUUUCGUCACAGUUGAAAGUUCCCUCAGCUACAACAAUUUCACUUAUGGAAAGAAUGAUUUGCAGAAACCAGUCCAACAAUCACUUGUGGUUACAAAUGAUAUCAGAGCGCUGAAUUUCACUGUUGUGAUCAAGGUGCCGGUAAAGCUCGGUGAUAAAGACAUCUGGGUGGAUUCAGACAGUUUGCAGAUUCCAGACUGCCAAAGAGACAUGGAUGAACAAGCUAGUGUCAAAGAUUUUGUUGCUCAGAUACAGAAAAAUAAAGUAGUGGACUGCUCCAUAGCCAAGUGCAGAGUGUUCAAGUGCACUAGGUUCAUGGGAAGACUGGAGAGUAGGAAGUACAAAAUCUCUGCCAACCUUAGCUCAGGAUGGAUAGAGCAGAUUGGACUUAAGUCUGCCAAAUUCCUCUUGACCAGCACGGCCAGUCUGGAGUACGACAGGAACCAGUUCAUCUUCUUUUCAACAGGGUCUAAUAACAACCCUCCCAUUCGCAAGAUUGAGGCAGAGGUAGAAGUGUAUCCGGAACCAGACUUCACCAAAGAGAUCGUCGGAGGAUCCUUGGGAGGGUUGGCUCUACUGGCUUUACUCACCGCUGGCCUGUAUAAGGCGGGAUUUUUCAAGAGUAAAUACCAGGAAAUGAUUAAUGACGCAGGAGGGGAAGGUGCAGGGGCUGGUGAAGGUGGAGCCACACCAGACGAGGCAUAACAUCUAUUUCUAUCCCACUGACACUGGCUGUUUCCAGAUCCAGCACAAUCCCAAUGUUAGCCUGCUGAUUGCAGCUGGUCACAAAACAACAAAUCUCCAGUGGCAUUUUUACUACUUUUAUCAUUCCUUCACUUUUGAUUCAUUAACUAGAGAAGAGCUUGGCUGUGUCCUGAAAUCACUCCCUCAAUCAAAUGAAACAAAGGAAAACCACACAUGUACCAUGUGACAAGAGAUCAAAACUAGACGAAAAGGUUGGGAACCAGAUUUAAAUAAAGUGGCAGAAGGUUAAUGUCGUGCAUUAUAUAUAUUACAUGGGGAGAGAUUCUGAACACAGCCCAGGUGCUUCAGGCAGGUUUUGCAAAGUGACAUUUUGAACUAAACAGCCGACUGUUGGUGUACAGUGAAACAUUUCUGUGUUUCUAUUUCUGCUAAGUAUGUAUGUUAAUUUAUACAUUUUGUAUUAAUCAUGUGAAAAAAAAUCAACACGGUAUGAUCGGCUGGAUUCGGGUUUUCGUCACAUAAGGUAUUGUAAAACUGUUAUGCUUAGGAGCUGCUUGCUAAAAAUAACAAUUUAAUGCACUUUUUCUUGACAAUCUGAAUUGCUUUGUUUAGGGACAAUUGAUUAGAUAUGUAAUAUUGAGCAAUAAGUAUGUAGAAUUUAUGGAAAAGACAUUUGUUUUAUGCUUCAUCAAUAUUUAUUAUAUACUGUCACAUUUCAUUUGUCUGAAUCAUACAUGACUCAGAGAAAACAGGUACAAUAUGAUGGAAUCGAGAAUAAAUAUUAUGAAAAAUA